GGGCGGCGCUUCCGGUCUCCGCUGCCCGCCUGCCAGAGCGGCGGCGGCGGCGGCCCAGACGGCGACGCGGGGAUGGCGGGCGCCGCGGGCGCCGCGGGCGAAGCCCGUUUCGCCGGGUUGUCGCUGGUGCAGCUCAACGAGCUGCUGGAAGACGAGGGGCAGUUGGCGGAGAUGGUGCAGAAGAUGGAGGAGACGCAGAAUGUUCAGCUUAACAAAGAAAUGACGCUUGCCAGCAAUCGGAGCUUGGCAGAAGGAAACCUUUUGUACCAGCCCCAACUGGACACUCUGAAAGCACGUUUGACCCAAAAAUACCAGGAGCUCCAGGUUCUCUUUGAAGCCUAUCAGAUAAAGAAGACCAAAUUAGAUAAACAGUCAAACAGUGCAUCCUUGGAAACCCUGUUAGCACUUCUUCAGGCAGAAGGGGCCAAGAUUGAGGAAGACACAGAGAACAUGGCAGAGAAGUUUCUCGAUGGAGAACUUCCUCUUGACUCCUUCAUCGAUGUCUACCAGAGCCAGCGGAAACUGGCCCACAUGAGAAGAGUAAAAAUUGAGAAACUCCAAGAGAUGGUGCUGAAGGGGCAGAGACUUCCACAGGCCACGGCUCCUCUGCCUUCCAGGGUGCCCGAGCCUACUGCGCCCCUGCCCUACCCGACCCCGGAUGCCAGCGGGCCCCUCACAGCUGUGCCCCGGCGCAUUCCUCCCCCGGUGCCUGCGGGACGCUUGGCCACACCGUUCACUGCUGCCAUGGGCUCGGGACAGGCCCUUCCAUAUCCAGGACUACAGUGCCCUCCCCUGCCUCCCCGAGUGGGCCUCCCACCCCAGCAAGGAUUCUCCGCGCAGUUUGUGUCGCCAUAUCCUCCAGCUCUGCCCCAGAGACCCCCGCCCCGGCUGCCUCCACACCAGCCAGGCUUCAUCCUCUAGAGCAACCCCUCCGUCCAGGCCGUGUGUGUGGUGUUGCCAGGACCAGCCACACGGCUGGCUGACUUAGAGCCGUAGGUCAGUGGUGAGUAGGACUAGAAACCCCGGUUUUGUGCACCAGGUCUCAACCUGGCGUCCUUGUUCAUCACCUGGUUUGCGUUUUCAGUAUGAUUUUUUUCUAAGUCUUGUAGUGUCGAACUCAAAUUUGGGGGGAAAAAAUCCUGUUUAGAUGGGAAUUGUGGUCCUCCCAUUGCAGCUUUAUUUACAAAGCAUGGUUCAUUAUUUCUUUUCAGAAGACGGUUCUGUCCCAGCCGUUGCUGAGGGCCAGUCAGCACAGGUUAGCAUGGAAGGUGCUUCAAAGCCACAAGCAGAGUUUGCACUUGGCCAAGGCGGGGGGCUGCAUUCUGCGUAACAGAGCUGCUCCCCUGAGCUUUCUAUGAAGAAAUACUCUAAUGUUUUUACUAUGUGUAUAAUUUUCCUGUUUUCUACUGGGAAACAAACUUUUUGACACAAGACCAUUCAGGGAAACUUUGAAAUGCAGAUCAAGUAAAUGCAAUUUCCUUUCUUGCACAUAGUGCACGGUCACCCGUGCUGUGCCUUAGCUUCUCCUGGUGCCAGUGAGGGGCUUGUCUGCCCACCUUGAACCGGAUAUUCUAACUGGCCCCGAGUCAGUGGUGCCUGGAGAAAGGCACUAUUGAGGGACUGUCACCACCCACCUGCUGGUGUCCUGACAGGCAUGGGCAGGGCACCGACCUUUGUACGCAGUUACCCUAUAGUUGUGCUCCUGGACUUGAACUCUGUUGUGACUUACGACGACAAAGCUGUAUCUAGUUCACUGCCAUGCCAAUCAGGUGCACCUGCCAAGUUCUGUGAAUCUUGAGAGCGUGGUGCCCUCCACCCGAUACCUCUGCUGCCCACCUGGCUCAGCCAAGUGGGCACCAGCUGCUUCUCUCCAGGGCCACGUCUGAGCUGUGUGUAAAGCUGUAGGACCCUUUUUAAUAAACAGUGAAUUAUUAACACUCC